AUGGGCCUCUACAAAGAGCUACCGGAAUCCCUCACCGAGGUCGACAUUAUCAUCGCCGGAGGUGGCACGGCCGGUUGUAUUGUCGCCGCAAGACUAACAGAUGCUGAUCCCAACCUUUCCAUCCUGGUGAUUGAGCGCGGCAGCAAUAAUGACCUGCCCACAAUCGCAUAUCCGCUGUUCUUCAUGCAAAACAUUGUGCCAGGCAGCAAGGCAAGCAUUUUUUACCAAACAGCGCCGGAGGAGCAGCUGGAUGGUCGAGAGAUCAUUGUCCCUGCUGGUGGUGUUCUCGGGGGCGGGUCGUCGAUCAACCUGAUGAUGUACACUCGGGCUCAGAGGUCCGACUUCGACGGGUGGGGUGUGCCGGGUUGGUCUGCUGAUGAGAUGUUGCCGUAUCUAAAGAAGCUGGAGACUUAUCACGGAGUGGACCACAAUGGAACGCAUGGUCAUGAUGGUCCCAUUAAUGUUUCUACUGGCACUUUCACAUCUACCAGGUUCCAAAAUGAGUUCCUUUCUGUAGUCGAAGAAACGGGAUGGCCCACAAGUGAUGAUCUCCAGAACCUGGACUCCUCGAAUGGAAUUGGAGCCCAACCCGCCCUCCGCUAUGUAUCUCCCGACGGUGCGCGUCAAGAUACCGCGAACCGCUACCUCCACCCCCGCCUCCAAUCCAGCACCAAUCCCAACCUCCAUGUCCUCCUCGAAACAAGCGUCAUCCGUGUCCUCUUUGACGACAACAAGCGCGUCAGGGCUGUAGAGUUCACCCGCAACCCGCUUUACCACGACACUCAUUCACCCACCCAAACGGUCAAAGCCCGCAAAACGAUAGUCAUUUCCUCCGGCGCCCUGGGCACACCGCCCAUUCUCGAGCGAUCUGGCAUUGGCUCCCCCGAAGUUCUCUCCCGCGCCAAAGUUGAAGUAGUUGUCCCCCUACCCGGAGUUGGCGCAGAAUACGAAGACCACCAACUCUGCGUGUACCCUUACCACUCCUCUUUAUCCCCAUCGGAGACAGCCGAUUCUGUCGCCCUUGGUCGCGUAGAUCCAGCCACCCUGAUCCAAAAUAAUGACCCAACCCUGGGGUGGAACACUAUGGAUGUAACCUGCAAGCUCCGCCCUCUUGCCGACAAAGACAUCACCGACCUAGGACCGGCCUUUGAAGCCGCCUGGAACAACGACUUCGCCAACACCCCCGACAAGCCCCUCGGCAUGAUCGCCCCCGUAGCCGUUUUCCCCAACAACCCCGACCUCGUUUCCGCAUUCGGCCCGGAUAAACAGUACUUCUCCAUCAGCUGCUUCACCGUCCACCCUUACUCCCGCGGCCACAUCCACAUCACCAGCCCCGAACUGACCUCCCCACCAGACUUCAAAACCGGCUUCUUGACCGACAAAAACAAUCUUGACAUCAAAAUGCACAUCUGGUUGUACAAAACCCAACGUGAAAUCGCCCGACGAUUGCCCCUCUACCGCGGUGAAGUCACCCCCUGCCACCCCCCUUUCCCUCCCUCCUCCAAAGCCAGCGCAGUCCACCUCAACCAACCCCUCAACGGCAAGGUCAACAACAUCUCCUACACCCCCCAAGAUGACGCCAUAAUCGAGCAGCAUAUCCGUCAAAAUGUCAGCACGACCUGGCACUCCCUCGGCACAUGCAAAAUCGGGUCGGUAGUGGACGAAAACCUGAAUGUGUACGGCACCACAGGCCUCAAGAUCGCCGAUUUGAGCGUCCUGCCUGGGAAUGUAGCUGCGAAUACGAAUAACAUGGCCAUGGCGGUGGGGGAGAAGGCGGCGGGUGUUAUUAUUGGGGAGCUUGGUCUUGGUAUUUAG